CAACAUACAUAGGGCAAGAAGGUAUGAAAGCAAUGGAUGCAUCGAAAGAUCUCCAUCCAUGCAUGUCGCUUCUUUGUGAUCUUGUGGAUGUUCGAUUGUGUCGAUAGAUCAGGCGAGGCGAUGGAUGGGGAUCAGCCGACGGCCCGCCAGCCUCAAGGCUACGUGCAUCUGGCCGACAACACCAAGGCAGACAGCAGAGCACUGGCCGACGCACCAGCGGCGGCAGAAAAAGCCUCAACAUGGCCGCAGUACACCAAGACGCUCUCCGUACUGGCUGUUGCCUUGCUCAGCAUGCUGUUCGGCGCCCUGAUGCUGUUCUCCUGCUCCAUGGCCUACUUCCGCGGCCGGUCAGCCGGGCCCAUGUACCUCUCUGGCGACUACGACGUGUGCUAUUACCCGGACUACAGCAAGAAGACGCUCAAGACGGCAUACGAGGAGACGGUCUUUGCGCUGCUGAGCGACACGAGGGAGGAGAAGAAGUUUGAGGCGUCUGAGGUGAUCUAUGUGAACGAGACCUUCUGGGUGGUGUGCGACAACAGCUGGGCUCUGGGCCGCUUCGACCGCACACUCAGGCCCUUCUCGCCAGACAACCGGCAGAUUGGAGACCCCAAGAAUGAGGCCAAGGGGGGCGACUCGCAGUGGGAGGCACUCGUCUAUGACAGACAGGUGCAGUGCGUGACAUCAGCGAGGCGAGGCACGCACGCGGGCACAUGGAUGGCCACACAUGAAUGACUGCAUGCUUGUCUGUGUGGGUGUGCGUGUAUGUGUGGUCUGCUGUGCUGCAGCGUCACCUCUUUCUGGCCGUGCAGGAGGCCGUCCCUCUCUCAGAACUGCGGAAGGAGAGAAAGGGGCACAAAGCUCUCAAGGGCAGCGAGCCUGAGAGCGGCUUCCGAGGGGUGGUGCAGGAGCUGCGGCUCAAGGGCCAUGGCGGCAAGGAGGGAUACGUCAUCGAUCGCGAGUGUGAAAUGGACUUCACUUUCGAGGUGCGAAGAAGAAAAUCAUUCAGCAUGGACAGUCUACGCGUGUGUAAGGAUGGAUGGAUGGAAUGAUGGAUGGAUGUGUGUGUCAUUGCAAUCUGUGUGUCCCCCUGUGCAGCAUGGGAAUAAGGGGUUUGAGGGUGCCGUUGGCCUGCGUGACACCAAGGGGGAGCUCUACCUUCUUGGUCUGUGCGAGGGCAACUUCUGCAAAGGCGGCAAAGAGGGCAAAAGGCCAGGUACGGUGCGUGCGUGCAUGGCAUGGCGAGCAGACACACGUGCGGGGUGGGGUCCUCAGUUGCAUGUCUGUCAUGUGCCUCGUGUCUGUCUGUCGUUCGUUCAGGCAACGGCCGGAUGAUCCUGUUGAGAAGAGACGACACAGACGGCCGAUGCCAGUGGAAGUCCAUGCGGGUACCGUCCGAGCAGCACGCUGCUUGCCUGCCGUAUGGAUCGAUGGCGUGCCAUAUAUGUUCGUGUUAUGUAUCCCUUUCAGACGAUCCCUCUGCCUGAAGAAAUCAGCUUCAUAGACUACUCGGCAGCAGCCAUCAGAGGCUCCAGGAUCGCCAUCACAUCUCAGGCAGGGGCGGCACACAAGAGAUAGAUGAGUACCUGCUAUGCUCUGCUCUGCUCUGUUCUGCUCGCCUCCGAUAUAUGUGUGUGGAUGUGUGUGUGCAGGAGUCGUCUGCUGUGUGGAUUGGCGAGAUGAAGGUCAACAAGGACGGCUCGAUUGACCCAAGUAGCUUCGACAUCCUGCCAAAGGGGCAGAUAUACAACUUCCCACGGUGAGCAUACCAUCCUGUCUGUGUAUGUCCGGAGGACCCUCUGGAGAUUAGAUUAAGUGCUCUGUUGAUGUGAUGUGUGUCUGAGCAGUGACGAUGAGUGUCGAGUAGAGUACUGCAACAUUGAAGGGGUGGACUUCAUCAACGACCGGCUGCUGGUUGCUGUGUCGGACAAGAUGAAGAGCAGGGGCAGGCAGGACUUCAGAUGCCUCCAGAAAGACCAGAGCCUGCAUGUCUUCGCCAUCCCAUGAGACAGACAGACAGACAGAUUCGUGUGUGUGUUUUAUUAGUUAGGCAAUGGCUGGAUCUACCCCUCUCUCCUGUGUGUGUGUGUGUGUGUGGAUGCGUGUGGACCGGCGGACAGAGGAAGACUCGUCCUUCCUCAUGCAUGUCCCCAUUUAUUUAUGUCCACUCGACCGA